AGUGCCUCUACGAAAUGGACGAGACGGCCGAUAUGUACGGGGAAGGCUGCGUGAUGCGUGCUGCGUGCCCUGCCUUGACAAUCAGGCUCCUCUCACAUCACCAACGUAGAAUCAACACCACAACUCCAAGCAUCCAGAGAACAGCCCCGAAACCAAGUCCGCGAUUAUUGCCUGACUGCCGCAUGCCUCUCACAUACACUCGAGUGUAGCAACUGCCGCCAAAAAUUCCCAUUGAGUACGCCAGAGCCAACUCCACUACGCCAAUCCCCCCGACAGACCACUGCCAUUGCUUCACGAUGCUUCGCUCCUCACGACAACUCAUGCGCUUGGCUCCUCGCUUGCCCGCAGUUCCUGCAGCUCCCAAGGCGACAUCCUUCUCGACGAAAACUCCAUAUGCUGCCUUGCAGAGUCCAAAGCGAACCUCGCUAGCUAUCCAAGGGCGUCUGACGCCUAUGGCUCUCCAGGCACGAUACACAAACUCCCCCUACGACAAAAUUGACAAGAAGGCCGAGAAAGAAAUAGCCCAGAAGAAGCUGGAGCCGCGUCCCGAAGAGGUUUCCGCCGAGUCGUCUACGAGGAAAUUUUGGGAGCCUGCACCGGCAAACCCCCAGAACGACGAGAACCUCUCGGGUGGCCUGGAGAAGGAAGUGAACAUUGUGAGGGACACAUUCAACCUCAGCGAGGUUCCAAGGGAACCCUACGCACUCGGUCUCGCCGGUACCCUUCCCUACCUUGCGACCUCACUGAGCACAGUCUACCUCACCUGGGACCUCAAUGUCGAAUGGCCUUCGUCGUCGACCUUUGCAAACAACGUCUUCAUGAACCACGAGUCGGCUCAAUACUGGCUGAAUCUGCUCGAGCCCAUCCAGCUUGGAUACGGAGCAAUCAUCAUUUCCUUCCUCGGAGCUGUCCACUGGGGUAUGGAGUACGCCGAGAAGACACCGCAUCCUCGCCGCACCCCCUUCCGCUACGGGAUGGGCGUCCUCGCCCCCAUGAUCGCUUGGCCCUCGCUUCUCAUGCCGAUUGAAUAUGCACUUACGUCGCAAUUUGCUGCUUUUACCUUUCUUUACCUUGCAGAUGUUCGCGCCAAGAACAAGGGCUGGACUCCUCAAUGGUACGGAGUCUACCGCUUCGUCUUGACUGCCAUCGUCGGCGUCUCUAUUUUCGUCAGCUUGGUUGGCCGUACCAAGGUUGGCAAUGCGCAGCCACACAUUGGCCAAGGCCUGGCUGAGAGCAUGCACAAGGGCAAGAGCGACGAGUCUCGAGACUGGGGGAAGCUCGAAGAGGAAGAGAAGAAACGCCUGAGAAAGGAGAAGGAGGAGGAAGAGAAGGAGAAGAAAGCCGAGGAGAAGAAGCGCAAGGCGGAGGAGAAGAAGACUGCCAAGAAGGGCGAGUCCAAGGGUAAAGACAACAAGGGGGGUGAUGAGGACAAGAAAGACGAGUCAGAGUCUAAGGACGAGAGCAAGGACGACAAGGAAAAGAAGGAGUAAUUGGGCUUGUCACGUACAUACUCAUGGUGCUUCGAGGAUGUUUCCUUUCUAGUCAUCUCUGCGCAGGGUAAGGUCAUGGCAAGCCACAUUGAGGAGAUUCGGCGUUCAAGGUUAUAAUAUUCAGAAGAAUAUCCAAGCAAAUCGAACUUCC